GCCCGAUUGUGUUGGGCAGUACAGGCGCUAGCGGAUCAUAGGUUGUCUUCACAACACGAGUAGAGCGAAAGCACUCGGCAAGUGUCGUGGUUAGCAACGAGCUCCUCCAACACUCUCGGCUUGCAUAGUAUGCAGCAUGUGCAGAAUUGAAGCUGUAGCCAGCGCAUCAAUGGAGUUGAUUAUACCCAUAGGCGGGACGGCAGUCCGACUGUCUCAUAGUGGAUGACCUUCAAUGAGCUGGAAUCCGUCCCUAGAAGCUUUGAACAUGGACUGCCUACUAAGGACCCUCCUCGACUACCGUCUGGACAGAAGAGACUGGAAUCUGAAGACUGGGAUCUGUUUGGACGUAACACGCGACGAACUUCCUUUUCUACGAAGGCUUACUGUAAUAUAGGAUCUAUACGGACGUAACGCGCGAGGGAUAUCCUUCUAGACGAAGGCUUACCGUAAUACUGUUGAUAGCUAGGUCGGACGGAACACGCGAGGGAUAGCCUUCUCGACGAAGGCUUACUAUAGCACUGUUUUUUAAGGCUAGGGAGCAGGCUAUAAUGAAAGUACCAAACCGCACAAAGACAAACAUU